AUGACAAAGCAGUCAGUCGAUGCAUCGAGGGUAGAGCAAAGACGGAAUUCAAAAACAGGUGCUUCGCUUCCCCUCCUCGCCCUUCCUCCCUUUCCUCAUGUCACGGCACGCAGACAACGACUUGUUGAAUCUGAUCAGACGAUCAAAAUCUCUCCGCGAUCUCCGUUAAUCAAUCCGCCGGAUACGUUUUGCUCGACGAUGGAAUGA